GUUUUAACAUUUUAGCUGACUACUUCUACAACUGCUUGAAAUAACAACUGAAAUCAAUUAUUUAUAAAAAUAAAAAAAAGUAUUGUUUCGGGAAUUUUUAGUUUUCUAAAUUCUGUAGCUGGUAAAAUAAAAUAUAAUAUAAACCACGUUUAUUACGAUAAAAGGCACAUUAUGUCGGAUACCGGAAUUACUAACAAGUCCUUAUUGAAGGAGCAUGAAGGGAACUCUGGCGCAGAUGUCCACACAUUCUGCCACAAGCCACGUCCGGAUCUCAAUUCGGCGACAGUGCGUCAGUAUCUGGAGCAGACAGUUGCGCCCAUUCUAUUGCAUGGACUGCGGUCUCUGGCACAGGAGAGACCCACGGAUCCCGUCACCUAUUUAGCCACUUAUUUACUAAAUAACAAAGAUCGCUGCGCUGAUAUCAAUGUCGAUUAAUUGUAGGACACUAUCCAAGCACCACAUCAAAAACAUAAUUUAAAUGUUUGCUGCUCUUAUCUCUCUCACAGACACACACACAAAAACACACACGUCUGCUUACACUUACCAAAUGAAUGCUCUUCAGCCACAUGAUGUAUACACGAUGUUAUUCAAUGUUACACAACAAUUUUGAACACUUUGUUGCAAAUUAAUAAAUAUUAAUUUGUCACUGUA